UAAAUUGUGUGAGAUCAUUAGAAGUGAAACAUUUGGAGCAAAGGAAACAUUAUGAAUACGCUACGUGUUGUUGGAAUAAUUUGUCUGAUGACGUGUUUUUCAGGAGUCUGUGACGCUCAGUGUGAUUCGGCAGGGUAUGUUCCAUGUCUUUCUGGGAUUAAAAUUCCCCAACAAGGUUCGAAAGAUGUAAAUUGCACAGCCUUGGAGCAGGUAGCAGCUUGUCUUGAGCCAUUCAAAAGUUCCUGUGAUUCAAAUCAAAAUUUCACACAGAUUUUACAGGGAAUCAAUUUGACAUGUGGUAAUUCCAGAUGUGAUUUCUUUAAGUGCUUCACAGACAAGGGAAUAGAUAUUACUGGUCUAGCAAACGAUCCAGAGAAAUUUGACUGCGAGAGUUUCCGUGCGGUGCAGCCCUGUUUUGAGAGCCAGAAGAGUGCUUGUGAAGGAGACAUAAUGUACAAUACAGCUGCGGGAUAUGUCCCGCAAUUUGAGUCAAAGUGUGGAAGAGAUACUUCCAAAGGUAGUAGAGCCUUAGCUAUCCAAGGAACCUGGGUUUUCCUGUUUGCUGCAUUCGUCAUAAUGGCACCUAUUUCGCCGUAAAACCACUACUGUAAAAUCUAACUACUUUUUGGAGGUGUCCAAGGGAAAGCGAAGGUGCUUGAGUCGCUUAAAUGGGGAAAAAGCUUAUAAAUGUUUGUAAAAUUAUUCAUUGAAACUGUUUUCUAUAUUUCACUGCAAAUGGAGAAAAACAAUCUGCUUUUUACGUUUAUUAUUCUUAACAGUAAGUAUAUGAACAUGUAAUAUGAGCUAUAAUUAUGCAAAUGGUUUGUGAUGAGAAUUUUAUUUUU